AUGAUGUUGGAGGUUGUUGGCCAAUUUGGAACCGAGCUUCCACCUCCUACUAGAUAUUCUUUGAGCGACCUACUUCUAAAGCUUGAGGAUAAAAGAACAAAAAGUUUGUUGAAAAGAAAUGAAGAAGAAUGGAAAGAGAUUGGAUGCUCGAUCAUAACGGAUGCUUGGUCCGAUAGGAAGAGAAUGAGCAUUAUGAAUUUAUGUGUAAAUUCAAAAAUGGGUACCAUGUUUUUAUCAUCAAAAGAAAGUUCAAGUGAAGCGCAUACAAGCCAACACAUAUAUGAUUAUGUGGAAUCUUGCAUUCAACAAGUUGUUCUUAAGCAUAUUGUCAAGUUGUGA